AUGACGCAAGAAAAAAUUCUCCAAAACUUAGCAUUUUCUCAAAUUGCCAUUACGGUAGCUACGAUAAUAUUCCACUGUUACUUAGCGCCGCCUAAGCCAAAAUUAUGCAACGAUGAAAAUGAUUCGGGCUCUAGUCAAUCGGGUUCAAGUGAUGAUUUGGAUUCAAAUUGUGACGAUAGCUGGACCAGCUGGUCUAUUUGGGACGAUUGGUUUGUUUACUAUUAUGGCUAUUCUGGGCUCGAUACAGUUUUUCUCUGCACAGGAAUAUUAUCCAUUCUAGCUGGUCAUCUGAAAACUCUUUGCUCCUAUUCUUUGAGCAUAUUUUGCUGCUUCUCAAGCUUCGUUUGUUCGGUCUGCUUCGGUUUUAUCGGACAUUACUCGAAUUUCUUUUCGACGAAACUGGAAAUGAGCGUCAAUUUGUUUCUGAGCAUAUCAGGCGGGCUUGUGCAUCUGGCGCUUAUAAGAAAUAGUGAAAUAAUGUCCUAA